UUCCAACCGUACAGAGGGGCCAUGGCGACCGCAAAAUGAUCAACAAUGAUGCCAAGCAAGACGCGUCGAGCCUUGGCUACGACUGCUGCUGGCUCUCUCGGCGCCUUGAGUCGACGAUGGGCCUCCUAUGACAGUGCGUCCCUGACGAGCAGGAACUUGGCCGGAAAGGUUGACGCUGGUCUCGGUCCCAGCUCUGACGAUAACCUCCCACGGCUCAACCAAGACCGACACACGGUUGAAACGGCCAUCGGGCAUCUCCCCAUGUCCCCACUCUUCGAUCCAGCAUGGAUGAAGUCACGGCGCCGACAGAGGAAAGCUGAUCCGUCCAAGCCUGUCGGUCGCUUCAGGAAGAAACUCGCGAAGAACCCGUUUGCAAGAGCCCUCGAAUCCCCGAUACGGCGAUGUCAAUAUACGACUGUGUUGCUACCCCGAUACUUUCUCCAAGACUUUGAGCUGGUUACGCACCCUAAAACAGGCACAGCAUGGUGGGCGCCUGGGCCGCUCUCCUUUGGCAAACUUGCACCGGAGGGAUCAGAAGCCGCCGCGAAUACGGAUGAUGAUGUCAACACACCAGUAUCAGAGGCAGAAUUACCUGAUCAAAACCUGCCGGCUGCGAUGCGGCCGGCCGGAUCACCACCAGAGGCACCGGCCCCCUCUGCCCGGCCUCGCGGACCUCUCACGAGCUACACCCUCGGUCGAAAGUCUGUUGUAGACAGCUUGGGUGGAAAGAACAAGAGGUACACAUCUGUACUGCUUGCGGUUCGCACCGGCAUGGCGGUCGCGCCCAAUAUGCGGAAUCCGAUUUGGCGCGAAGACAUGGGAGACGUACUCCUCCGCAUGAUGCGGCGGCUAGCUACGGACGCACUGGUCACAUGCGCUAUUCCAGCAAAAGCCUCCAAAGGGGCGAUGGAGUCUUUAAGGCCCUUUUCCAACUGGGCGGAAGUUGACAGGACCAAGCCUGGGGGUUGUGUGCUUUGGCUUCCUGACGACAGUUGCCAUCCGAUGAGGGCCGCACCGUUCGCCACGCUGGACGUUACCGAUGCCCGAUACAAUCAGAAGAUGGUCAUCUACAACAUGCCAUGGCUACUCGGAAAUUUGGAGUUUGAGAGACUAAAGAGGGAGUCCCAUACUUUCCGCGGUCACCAAAUCGUUGUCCUGCGACAUGGGCGAAGCAAUGCGGUAAUGCAGCUGCAUCUUUUGCUUUGGCGCUUGCAGGGCUACUUGGCUCAGCCGCAGGAUGUAGAGUGAUUAAACUGAUUGUAGGUAUACUGUAAGGCUUACUAGAGAUACCCGACUGCUAUGGUCUCCGCGGUCAUCAUUGACAACUUGACUCCAUUCAGAAGGUACUCAUGGAUUCUGAGAGUCCGCUGCUCUGCUUUAUUGCUUCAAACGGAACACAGGCCAGCCCCAGGUUCAUGGCUCGCAUUUCGGGCACAAGCAGCGAUGGACGUAAUCGAGAAAGUAG